CGGUUUCUUGAGGCAUUCAGUGGUCAAAAUACUGAGUGUCUCUGUUGGUCUCACAUGCCGUUGUCCAACGCGCUCUCGCUGAAUCUACUUCGUCACGGCCCUCAUUGGCUCUCGGGAUCUGGUUGGUUCGACCAGACACCGAGCACCAUGGAGGGACCCACAGAAGCAGACCCAGCGAAGAACCGCAUAGACCCACUCACUGGUCAGACAAUCUUCAUCUGUGUGUAAUGCAUAAAGGGUCUCACGCAUGUCACACAUGGGCCCCGGCAUCACACACACAAGGAGAGAACCGUCCCGGCUCACACACGUACUGCACCACAUCCCACCCGCCCGCCGGCCAGCAGUGUCUCUGUCUAGCUAGCGCAGGAAGGUUGUGGGUCGCUUGGCGGUGAAGGUGGUGCGGUACUUCUUCUCCGGCAUGGGCAGCCGACGGAUCAGGGGGAACCGCAAGUCGUCAGCCUGAUUGAUGGAUAACAGACAUACCGACCCAACACACACAUGGAUGGAUGGAUGGAUGGAUGGAUGACACACAUGGGAGUGGUGUGUGUGUGUGUGCGUGGUUGGUGGGUUGAGUAACAUGUGUUACUUACGUGGAAUUGUGUGAUGUUUUCCCGGAUGCACUUGUCGUCGGGGAUGGCCUCGAUGCGGAUGAUCUGGAUGUUGCUCGACAACGCACGGUGACGACCUGCCAUCUCAGCGUCUGAUUAUUUGACCACCACACAUGCACCCACACGAAAGGCACACGUGUCUGUCGUGCUGAGCUGUCUGUAGGGGUGUGCAUGGCGCGAUGUGUUGGUUGGUUGGCCGGUUAGGUUAGCAUAGCUUACACAUUUGGCUGACGGCUCCGUUUUGUGUGGUGUCCCUGUACUCCUUGUACAUGUUGUGGGUGGCCGUCCGGCUGUCGUAGCGCAGGUAGAUGGCAAAGUUCUUGAUAGUUGACGGAUCUUCCUCGUGAAUCUGAUGGCCACCAUGAUGGACAUCAUGACACGACACACCACACCACACACACACACACACACGACAGACAAGACACACCGACUACAGUGCACCCCUCCACCAGCUGUGGUGCAUCUGUGUGUGUGGCUGACCUCGUCGACGGCGAGAAUCUGGCCUCCGGACUUCUUGGCCUUGUUGAUCUUCUUCAUGAAGUACCAGAACUUGGCCUUGGCGAUGACCGGGUUCUUGGCGAACAGCCGCAUCCGAUACACCUUGACAUGAGGCUUCUUGGCGGUCGGCGCAGCGCGACCCACAAUGUGGUACUGGUGGAUCUGCACACACAAACACAGACACACAGGCGUGUGUGUGUGUGUGUGUGAUCUCUCUCACUCGCCAUCCGCAAAGCAGGGAGCGUUGUGUGAUCAGAUCUGUCGUGCCUAUGUACGUACCUCGGCCUGCAGGGAGGGAUCCGCCUUGCUCUUCUUCACCAUUUUUACGAGCUGCCGGGGGGAGCUCACGCAGACGCAGUGCGAGCUCAGGAC